GAUUGGAAACCCCGGUGUGAGCGAGGAUCUCCAUUGGAGCCUUCUGGCGGUGGUCGGGCGCGCAGCUGCGUCAGAGCUCGGAGGGGCGGUGCGCCGCCGGAGCCGAGGUGAUCCCCGGGUUUAAAAGCGCAGAGGUCCUGAGUGCGCCGGAGCAGUGCGUCACAGAGACCCAGCAGCGGCAGGAUCCCCUCGACACACAGUCACACGUACAGGAGGCAGCUUUUCCUCAGACAACACAUCUGGAUCCCUCCACAUGCAGUGACACCUUUUUUUUUUUGUUGUUGUUGUUGCGCUUUUGCGUUUUGGACUUUUUUUUCCCUCCUUGACUGAAGAAGCCGUUUUUCACCUAUAUACUUUUUACUUUUUAAAAAAAAUUUCUCAUUCGGUUUGUUCGUGACACAGCGAGAAAGGAUCCUGAGCAACAGCUGGGGAAUCCAUCUACUGCGCUAUAUGGAUAAAUAAUCGCCUCCAUCUGUAACUGCACUCAGAGUUUCAUCUCAGACGCUGCUUCCUGCCCGCAGACGCAAAAUGAAAUCGGCUGAAGAGGAUGCAUAUGGCUACACGCCAAAUGUCAGUCUCUCCCUCACGCUGGGCAACCCCUGUCUUCCGUCCCAGUACCACAGCCUCCAGUCCAGCCCCAUCAUAUCUGUGUCUGUCCCCGAGCCUCACGGUUACGACACCCAGGACGACAUGAGGGCCGCCGGCUAUUACUCGUCCCCAAGCAGCCGCCCAAACGGAGCGCCAACCCUGGAGAGCCCUCGUAUCGAGAUCACAGCGUACGGUCAGUUUCCUGAAGACGCGGUGGAGGAGAGCAGCCUUCCUGUUGCUAAGCGAGUCAACUCCAUAGUGACACUGACCCUUCCCAGUGGAGAAGGUUACCGCGACCCCAGCUGCCUGAGUCCGGCCAGCAGCAUCUCGUCUCGCAGCUGCCACUCCGACGCUUCCUACGAAUCAAACUUCUCCUACAACUACGACAACUCGCCCCAGAACUCCCCCUGGCAGUCUCCCUCCGUGUCCCCCAAGGGCUCCACCCUCGCCCUGCCGGGUGAUGGCUGUGCCGCCGGUGGCUCCCCCUCCACCUCUCCACGCACGAGCAUAACAGAUGACACCUGGAUGGGUCAGCGUGGCUCCAGGCCCAACUCUCCUUGUGGUGCAAAGAGGAAGUACAGCUUGAAUGGCAGCAGGGCGCCGCACAAGCACUACCCUUACUCCCCCAACCACUCCCCUGGACUGUCUCCUCAGACCUCCCCUCGCCUCAGCGUCACGGAGGAAAGCUGGCUUCCAAACACCAACCAGUACACCAAUUCAGCCAUCCUGGCGGCCAUUAACGCCUUGACCACAGACGGAGUGGCUGACCUCGGGGAGGGGAUCCCCAUGAAGGCCAGGAAAACCAGCAUGGAGCACAGCCCCACCGUCAGCCUGAAGGUGGAGCCAGGGAGCGAGGAGCUGAGUCCGGGGCAUCUUUGCGAUGACGAGCACUCGAACCGCAUGUUGUUGAAGAAGGAAGGCUACUGCGGCGGGUUUCUGGACGUGCCACAGCAUCCGUAUUCCUGGUCCAAGCCAAAGCAAUAUGUAAGCCCGUCCCUGCCAGCUCUCGACUGGCAGCUGCCAUCCAGCUCGGGGCCGUACAGCCUGCAGAUCGAUGUGCAGCCCAAGUCCCACCACCGGGCCCACUACGAGACGGAGGGCAGCAGGGGGGCGGUGAAGGCCAUGGCAGGAGGACACCCCGUCAUCCAGCUCCACGGCUACAUGGAGAGCGAGCCUCUGACCCUGCAGCUGUUCAUCGGCACGGCCGACGACAGGCUGCUGAGGCCUCACGCCUUCUACCAGGUCCACCGCAUCACCGGCAAGACGGUGUCCACCCCGAGCCACGAGGCUCUGCACAACAACACCAAGGUGCUGGAGAUCCCGCUGCUGCCGGAGAACAACAUGCGGGCCAUAGUCGACUGCGCUGGGAUCCUGAAGCUGCGGAACUCGGACAUCGAGCUGCGGAAGGGGGAGACGGACAUCGGACGCAAGAACACACGCGUGCGGAUGGUUUUCAGGAUUCACAUCAACCAGGCCACCGGGAGAACGCUGUCCCUGCAGGCUGCAUCCAAUCCCAUCGAGUGCUCCCAGAGAUCGGCCCAGGAGCUGCCGCUGGUGGACAAGCAGAGCCUGGAGACGUGUCCCGCCCACGGAGGGGAGAGGAUGCGCCUGGACGGACACAACUUCCAGCACGACUCCAAAGUGGUGUUCGUGGAGAAGGCUCAAGACGGUCAUCACCUCUGGGAGACUGAGGCCAAGAUUGAGAAAGACGCCUCAAAGCCUAAUUCGCUGCUGGUGGAAAUUCCUCCGUAUCGGAACCAAAGACUCUCCACUCCCGUGCACGUCAACUUCUACGUCUGCAACGGCAAAAGGAAACGAAGCCAGUAUCAGCGUUUCACCUACGUUCCUGCCAACGUUCCAACAAUAAAGACGGAGCCGCACGACGACUAUGACGCCCCUCUGGUGUGCACCCAGCACGGCUCCACUGUGUCCCUGCACCCGAAGCCUUACUUCCCCCCACAGGUCAUGACCCCCAUGAUGACCUCUGACCUCCGGUCGUGUGUCGUUGGCGGUGCUUACCCCGUCAGCCAGGAGAGACUGGCGGCCAAACCUGCCUCGCUGCCCUCCUCUUCCUCCCCGAGCACCAGCCCCAAACUGCACGACCUGUCGCCGUCACACUUCUCCAAGUGCCUCCCUGCCGGCCCCCAGGGGCCCCAGUCCCCGAUCCCCCACGUCUCCAUCAUCCAGGAGACCCCCGGGCGCUACCAGCUGCCCAGCCUCUACCCGCCGAGCAGCUCCUCCUCCUCCUCCCCGACCUCGCAGCCCUCCACCCCGACCGACGGCCCCUUCUCGCCGACCCACUGCAUGACACCAGCCCAGCCGGUCAGCGGCAGCACCAGCCCGGACGCCCAGCAGCCCCCCAAGGCGCCGGAGAGAGGGCGCGCCUCGCUGCAGGAGGACGGCAGCUCCCCACCGCUGGCCGUCAGCAUCAAGCAAGAACCGCAGGAGCUGGACCAGAUGUACCUCGAUGAUGACAAAGAAAAAAAACAACAACAACACUGGUCACUCUCUGCCUAACACAGAAAAAGAUGGCCGACACUUUGAGAUCUGCUCCCAAAUGUAUUUGUUUCUUUCUUUCUCCUAAAUCAGUUUAGUCGUUUCUGAGUAAACCUGCUGAUGAACAGACAUAAUAGAAACACGACCUCCUUGAUGAGAGGACUGAAGCAUUUAGCAGCUAAGAGACACACAUUUCCCUGAGCAGCAGGAGGAGACCAAGUAAAAGAAGCAAAUAUCCGACUUAUAAUCCAUCACAGCAGGUUUUAAUACGUCAAUAUAAUGUUUGUUGCCACUGAAAAAAAAGUCUUCAAGAUGUUAUUCAAACAGUAAAAUGUCCCGACUCAAUAAUCAACUGUCAAAGUUUAAGUUGGAAAAGUCUGUUAUUUUCUAAAAGCUUCAACGUGCCUGUGUGUGUGUGUGUGUUUGAUGUGAUUUUAUCGAAGUUAAUAACUCAAUCAUCAAUAUCAACAGAUGCUAAACUCUGAUGUUUGCAUGGAAACAAGUGACUAAAGCCCAGAUGCAUUUAAAAAAGGUUUUUGUUCAUUGUUCCCUUCUCUUUUAUUUUCUCAGCCUGUACAGAUGUUCUGCUGCUUUAUUCUGUGCAACCCUCCACGUAGUGACCGUGCGUUUCUCUCGUUUCCUCCGCAGUCAACGAGAUCAUCAGGAACGACCUGUCGAGCAUCACGGUCCACAGCCACGCGUAGUUUCCUGUGCCCUCACAGAACUGACAGUAAAAACAAUGCCCGGACCACAGCGUGCAGGAAACAGCUGAGGGAAAUUGCAAGAGGAACAAAUGUAAAUGUUUUUUGUCCAGACGACCAGGGUCCAACGCGUGCCUUGUUUUUCAUAUAUUCCGCCUUUAUGCAGAAAUUUAUCCAAGGAAUAAAUCCCAUGACUGAGUUUUGAGUAUGUAGCACCCACAGCUGCCGACCCCCUGCGACAAAGUACGCUUUUAGAGGACCAAGAAUUGUUUUAUACGUUUCUUUUCAUUUGUUUGUAAAUGAUCCAGUGCCUAUGUGUUGUGUAAUUUUUGUAUGUACAGUGUCUGCGGUGCUUCAGUUUGCAUAUCUGGCUUUAAAGAGAGAGAGAGAGAGAAGUGCCUUCGACUGGACGAGAGAAAGAUGAGGCCUCAGUUUUAAAACCUCAACAUUUUAAAUGACACACUUUUUUUUUAAAUGAGUGAGAUGAUGCAACUUUAGCCACAUGUGACAAUUAUGGGGGGGAGGGGGGGGGGUGAUGGUAAAUGCUAAGAGACAAUUUAACACAAGCACAAACAGAUCGUUAAUAAUAUAAGGUGAGGGGGAACAAUGUCCAUUAUACAGUCAUAUUUGACAUUAGCUGACAUUAGCCACCAUAAGCUACAGGUCAGAACAGACCAAAUAAAGUCGUAACUUAUUUCCAAAGUUGCUUUUCAAUCAUCAUCACGUCUGUAGGAACUUUAAAGAUUAAUAAAAGUGAGUAUUUUCUCGUAUUCACAGGCGACAAUCAGCACUUAACCACUAAACCUGUGGUGUUAGUCGUAGUUACUGAAGGUUUUUUUGUCAUUUGAAGUCAAACAAAUUACGGCAAAACAUUUCAGCUCAUGUUUCUCAAACCAAGUGGCUUUACCUUGAUGCACUAUUGACGAUAAUGAGUCGUUUUUUUUAGAUAAAAACAACAAAUAAAAUGCACGACAAACCGACUUUAACGGUGAAACGAUAAAAAAUCAUCUCAGUUGUGACGAAGCGCGACUCUUAUUCCUCCCUGGACGCUUUGCAACCGGCAGGUGGCAUCGCUCCAAGAAUGUAAACAAUCAGCGUCGUCCAAAGAAUCCUUUAUAACGGUGAAACAGCAAUAUAUGAAUUCUUCUGUCUUUUGUAUUUUCAUAUUUAUUCUCUCAGCAUGUGCUCUGUUUAUCAUACAGCUUCUUUUACACGGUUACUCUUAUAAAACACACACACACACACUCUCGUUUCCCAGUUUUCUGUGUAUUUAUGAGUCUUAAUUCCCGAGGGGCAUGAAAGAAGAAGCCAUACCGACGUGUUUACCAAGGAGGUUGUUUUUUUAUCGUGAGUCUGUAACGCUCAGUUCAGCUUUGUGAUGUAUUGUGUGUAUUUGUCAAUAAAUACGCCUUCAUCUCUUC